UCUGUCUGGGGGCAGCUCUGGGCUCCCUGGCUGCGCCCUGGGCCUCCUCUGAGGACUGGAGUGAGGAGCAGGCAGUGUGGGUGGCCAGUACUGGCCACCGACAGCCUGUGAUAUUCAGGCCCUUGGUGCCCAGAACAGGGCCUGAGUCACCGUGCGCAAGGACCCAGUGAACAAGCUCCACACGCCUUGUCAGCGGGAGAUUCGGUGGAGAAGGAGCAGGCAGCUGCCUCGAGUAGGCCAGGACACAGCAGAAGGAGCGCACUCCCGUACCCGUUUGGAGCGUGCCGUCUGUCUGUCUGUCCUGAUCUCUUGCAGCCUGAGGGCAGUUUUCUCUGAGACCAGAGGCAGAUGCCGGGGGCAGCGCCCAUGGAUUCCUGUCCCGGGGAGGAGGGUGAGGCUCUGACCAUCCCUCCACUGAGGCUGAGCGAGAAGUUCCACCUGUUUGUGAGUUAUAGCAGCGUGGACGCCACGUGGACCCACGGGCUCAUCAGCCGCCUGGAAGCAGACCACAUGGGGCUGAGGGUCUGCCUGCACGAGCGGGACUUCACCCCGGGCAGGAACGUCCUGGAGAACAUGGCGGAGUGCAUCCACCAGAGCCAGAAGGUGCUGCUGGUGCUGAGCCAGGAUUUCGUGCAGAGCCGGUGGUGCCUCCUAGAGGCCGACCUGUCACUCUUUGGUUCCUGCCUUGAGAGGAAGCCGGUCGUCCCGAUCCUGCUGAGGCCCUGCCGGGUCCCGCUGCACCUCAGCCACCUCACCUACCUGGAGGCCACAGACAGCCGCUUCUACAACAAGCUGGUGCAGCUCCUGUGCACGCCCAACCACCAGGUGGCAAGCUCCCCGCGGGCCCUGCGCCCUACCUCCCCCCUCUACAGCGGCAAGCCCCUGCUGACCCUCAACUGCAUCAACAGGGACAGCCUGCCCUCCUGGAGGGUGGGCACCUUCAGCACCCUGGUCGUCCCGGACCCCUUGAAGGAGGUGUUGGAGGACCCUGAGGUGUACAGGCGUGCCGUGGGCAUCCUGAAUGGGGUGCAGUCCCCCAGGUCCUGCCUCCGGUAUGUGGGCUGCAGAGUCACGCUCGGCAUUCUCCUCAUCUUUCUCUCCAUGGGAUCGAUUAUUCCCCCCCUGAUUUUGGGGCUCCGUCCAAACCCUCCAGCUCAGCACCUCCUCUUAAUCGCCGCCAAUAUAUUUUUCUGUCCCCUCCUCCUGGUCCUAGCAGUCAGCACCCUGUGCUGGUUCAGAAGGUUUUCUAAGAGGAAGAUGCGGGAGGUGGUCCUCAGAGUCGGGGAAGCCAACCUCCUGCUGGCGGGCCACUCGGUGCUGAUGGGCUGUGAGACCCUCAACAAGCUGCACUUUGUGUACGUGCUGCUGGGGGACUGCAGGCGGGUCUUCCUGCAGGCCUCCGAUGGCGAGGCCCUGUUCCGGGAGGCCCUCUUGCAGUUCUCCUGCAGCUAUGCCUGCUGCCUUGCCCACGCACACUUCCCCCUGUGCAAGGACGUCGCGGGAGCACGGGGCCACCAGGAACUGGGCCUGUGCUUCUGCCAGUUCGUCUCUCUGCAGUUGAAGAGACGUGGGGGGCUCGGGGUCAACCCUGUCUGAUGGCGGGAGGGGCCCCAGAGCGGCACCUUCUGUUGGAUGUCCAGCUGCCCCUCGGCUGGCCCUGCGGACAUGGCUGCCAUGAGGCCUGGAUGAUGGGCCUCUCGCCUCUGUUGACUGUGCCAAGCAGGCGGCCUCAGCCCCCGACCACCCAGAGGACCCCACAGCCUGCUCUGAGGGCAGAGGUGACCGCCCACAGCCCACCAGGCCUGUGUCCUGCUCCGGCCUGACAGCUUGGGGAGGGGCUUUGGUCAAACCACCUGAGCAUGGGCUGGGGAAGCAGCAGGCUCAACUCGGGACCCUUCAGGUCCCCUUAGAAACUGGCCCACUCCUUGGCAGAGGACAGUCACUGCCCCUCUCUGGAUGGCCGGUUAGCAACCAGGGGGCCGGGGCGGAACGCCCUCUCUGGGCAGCUCCUCCAGGCUCCUGCCCCUCAUGCUGGAACACGGGGACAGGGAGAACAGGCCAACCCCGAGGGACUGGGCCGCUCACCCUCAGCCUUCUGGGCGCCGACACUCACACACCCCCCGUGUGCCCCCGCCGUCCACGCUGAGCCCUCAAGGUGCCGGCCACAGCUGGCCUUGGCUGGAAAUGGGGAAGCUUGCAUUUGCCUCAGCUUCGACACCCCUUCAGACCUCGGUCUGCAUGUGGCCGCUGACUGCUCGCCACUCCUGCUCCUGCCCUGCUCCCUGCGGCCUGGCUCCACCCUGCCCCGGAGGGAGGAGGUGUGCCUGGGGCUGGAGGCUGGCGGGGUGUCCUCUGUCCUCCUUUCUGAGCUCAGGUCUCAGCAUUUCUGCUGACGCUGCUCAGAACAGAGGGGCGUCUGUGGGAUGUGGACGUGGAUGGGUCCUGGAUGCUGGAGACACAGCAGCGAGCAGCACGAGGCUGAGCUGUGUGGCCCCGCAGGGCUCUGUCCCACAGGGGCGGGGGGAGUGAGGCCCCCACACCUCAUACCUGUGCCCAGUGGGCUCCACUCGGGAUCCCCAGAGACCCCCUCAGCUCCAGCCCUAAGCAUCAGGGCAGGACCUUGGAGGUGAGGGGUGGCCCUGGGGCUCUGCCUUGGGCCUCAGUUUACCUGUCUGUGAACAAGCAGUGGCAGACUUGAGGUCUAUGCUACCGAUGCUCCCUGCACCCUCAGGGAGUCCUCGGGCCCUGGCCUGGUGCUGCGUUGGCGAGAGUUUAGCUCAGCUUCUGUGGUUUUGCUGCCCUGCAUCCAUUUUGUGUGGCCAAGUGGCCUGCAGGGGCCUUAAACCAACCAACCCCCUCCACAACCACCCGCCUGCAAGUGCAGGCCCAGAGGGGAGCCACAUGGUCACAGUGGGUCCGCUUCCUGAUGUGACUUCCCCAAGAGCCCUCAUGAGCAAAUUUCCCCCUCCCACGACCUUGCCCUUGUGCGCCCCUUAGAUGAGACCCCGUGGGGCUCGCCAGACCUACUCUUUUGGUUUGAAUUGAUGGAUCCAGCCCUGGCCCGGGAACCCCAAAGCACUCCACCCCCAGACCUACUAUAGGCAUGUGCUCUGUCUGCCCGCUCUGUCUGCACCCUGCCAUGGCCCCCCCACCAGUGGCCUUCUGAGGCACAGCAUGUUCCUCUGUAGGACUCGUGAGCAACAGACUUCUCUACUUCCAUUCCUCUUGUGGUCUGUUGUUGAACCGCGGCUCACAUCUGGCACCCUGCACCCUACUUAGCAAGAGUUCAUUGAGCAAAGCCUCAUGCCGGCAUCCUGCUGGAAGCUGGCACAGAGGCUGGACCUUGUCCCCGGGCCAGGGCUGCAGGGGGAGGGUCUCCCUUGGAGGAGACUGACCAGCAGGCAGGAGUGUGAGAGGCAGAUAAGGGGGACUCUGGGCAGGGGACAGUGUGAGCACUGGUGUCAGGGAGGAGCCCAGACCCUCAAGGACCCCCAAGGAUGGGUCCUGACAUGGCGUUCUCCUGUAGCCGAUAGGGCCCAGCUCCCCUGCACACUUAAGUGUUGGAAGCUGACUGGGAGCCAGCAUGGCCAGGAGGUGGACACUGCCAAGUGGGCAGAACAUCCUGUGAGCCCUGGGGCUUGCUGGGCAGCUUCGGGUGCUGGAACUUUCUUGGGGGCAGUGCUCGGCACCAGGGCCCACCCCAAGGGGUCCUAUAUCUGGUCUGUGAGAUAUAAGGGGCACCAUCUGGGCCCCACAUGGAGAGGGAGCGUCACGGGAGCAGUGGGGGCUCCUGCUGCCUUCCAGGGCCCGCUUGGACUCCACUGGGUCCUCCAUCCCCAGGAAAAGUCAUGGCGCAGGGCGAGGACCCCAACAGGCCCACCCACACUCACUCUGGGCCGGGGCCAAGCUCGGAGACAACACAGUGGUGUCCAUAGACACAGAGAGGCUGGCGUGGCCUAGAGUCCUUGAGAGUCCACUCGGUGCCCAGAAUGUGGCUGUGCCAGAGAGCGCCAGAGCGCCAGGCACAGAGCUGGGCAACUGGCCAGGCCUUUUGGGUCCUGGGGUCCUGGCUGCAGCCCUGGGAGGCCUGGGGGAAGUACCCAGGGGUCUGGGGGCCGAGGCCUAGCUGUGUGCACACACUCACACACACGGCCCCACGGCCCCUUGGGCAAGGCGCAUGGUGACAGUGGCAUUCCUGCCCCGUAGCGCAGCCGAGAGAUGGUAGGAUAGACAAAAAGGAGGCCACAGUCUGUUACUUCAAAGGGCUGAGCUUUUUAAGUCAUGAAAUAACACAUUUGUGCACACAAUAAAGGGAAAACAUCUAAA